GGUCGUAGUCUCCUCCUACUCUCCUUCUCGGUCGUGUCUCCGAUUUCUCAUCUCAAACUCUCUCUUCGUCUCUCCGUGAAAAUGUCGAACGGCGGCGGCUUAACUGUGCUGGACGGCUCCGAGCUCAGAGCCUCUGAUUUCAAUCUCGGCGAUAACUUCAGCUCCGCCAUCACCGGAGCUCAGGUGAUCGGGAUAGCGGAGACGAAUGCCAGUGUGUGCUUGUACGGAAUCUCGUUGCCGGAGAGUCUCAGGCGCUCUGCUCUCAAUCGCAUCGGGGUGUCAGACGUAGCCAGUUUCUCUACCACGCAGCUUGAGGCAAAACGAGCUAUGGAGAAGAUCAAGGACUACGUCAAUGCAAUCGCCGAUCAUUUAGAUGAUGAUCCAAUUGUUGCAACGAUUCUGGAUGGAAGCACACUUCGCCUGUAUCUCGAGGAUGAAGAUGAUUUCGCCGUGUUGGCUGAGGACCUCUUCACUGAUUUAGAUGCUGAAGAUAAAGGAAAGAUUAGAAAGAAGGAGAUACUAAAUGCUCUCGAUCGCAUGGGAGCUCAGAUGGGCAUCCCUCCUCGUUCAGAACUUCCGCUGAUAGACGAUAUUUUAAAGAAACAUGGAGCUGAAGGAGAAGAGGAAGUGGGCCAAGCUCAAUUUGCACAAAUACUGCAGCCUGUACUACAGGAACUUGUAGAUUAUCUGUCCGAGAAGCCCAUUGUUUUAGCCCAUAAUGUGAAGGUUGCCAAUGGUUCAAGGAUUCGAAAGUUCUUGGAAAAUGAGAAGGAAUUGGCUAGUCUCACUGAAAAGAUGUGGCAGUCUCGGAAUGAAGGCACUGAUGGACAAGGGACCAUAGAACCUGUCCGAACAUAUCUGGAGAAAUUUGGCAAGGAGUUGGGGUUGCCGCCUUCCAAGGUCGAUGAAUCGGCUGCCCUGUAUGAUUCAGUAUUUGAUGUUGUUGCUGCACCAGAGACAGUUGGGAGGGAUGAGUUCGGGGAGCUCGUGAAAGGAAUCUUGGGAAAAUUCGCUCAGCAGCUUGAUGCUAAUCCAGUGUUCUAUGACCCCGAAGAGUGAGGGUUUUUUCAGUUCAUCUGGGUCGGCUUUCUUUCCCGAUAGCUUCUGCGUCCGAACUUCUGAGAGUGAUGUGAUUUGUUUUGAUAUGAAUACACACCACACAUAUUAGCAAUGGAAUAAUAUUGAUUCAUGCAUAUUUUUUCUUCC